CGACAGGUAAAAAAGUAGUAGACGUUCAACGGCCAUGGCGGACGUGAAGAAGGAAGAGACGGAAGACACAGCGACGCAGCCACUGGUGCCGCUGCUGGCAGAGCUGCAUCAGCUCGCAGCCACAACAAAAGACAUACAUGCAAGGCUGGAUGAUCUCUUGGAAUUGUCACGCCCUGCCGGCGACGCGGAGACGGCAAAGGAGCAGGCAAUGGCAGCUCUGAGCAAUUGGAAAAAGCAACUGGCAAAGAUGACCCAAGAACAAGAACAAAAAGACGCCGAUGAGUCGUCGUAGCACGUGCCAUGACCCCUUCUCCCCCCAGUCGCCAGCUCUCAUGAAUGUGCAUUCUUAACCUUGUUGUCGCUGCUGUUUGAUUGCCUGCGACGACAGGGCUCUCCACCCUGUGCCCGUGCCUGGUUGCAUUCCACAUCCCACGCCUUUCUUUCCCGCAGAUUUGUCUCCUCCACUUCUUCUUCCUCACUCCUUCGUGUUCUUGGCGUGCCCCCCCCCCCCAAUACCGAUAAGAUAAAUUAAAUGCUGUACACCUUUCCA